ACAGUGUUGAUGUUUAUGAACACAAAAUCCCAAAGUCAAUGUUUUUCUUUAUUAUUAUUGUGAUUUGCAUGGAAUUAAGUAAAAGAGGAAUUGCAAUGAGUUUGAUGGUAAUGCCAGUUGACAUUGCCGUAUGAUCCGGCCAUUGCGGCUUUGACUUGUAUUUUCUUUUACGAUACUUUCAAUUUUUAGUGUUCAAUGUCUUUUGCUUAUAUCAGUUUUCGUAAACGAUAAACAAAACCUUCACAAUUAUGCUCAUGGGAUUCUAGUACUGUUCUAUGUUGCAACCUGUUCAUCAUCCAUUGAUGCCACAAGAAAUUCAAAACAAUUUCUUUUGAUCCCUUGAUUUUUUCUUCCUGCCCAUUAACUUUUGUUAGGGUUUUGUGUUUGGGGAUUUGGUGGAUUGAAGAUGAGGGGUUUUAUGAGGCUUUGGACGAAGAAGACAUGGAUAGGGCUUGGAUUAGGACAGAUUCUGUCUCUUCUCAUUACUUCCACUGGCUUUUCUUCUUCUGAACUUGCUAAACAAGGAAUUGAUGCACCUACCUCACAGUCUUUUGUAAAUUAUGUGCUCUUGGCGCUUGUCUAUGGGAUCACCAUGCUUUCUAGAAGGAAAGCUUUGAAGGCAAAGUGGUAUUACUACAUACUGCUUGGAUUAGUAGAUGUAGAGGCCAAUUACCUUGUGGUAAAGGCCUACCAAUACACAUCCAUAACAAGUGUAAUGUUACUUGAUUGUUGGGCAAUCCCUUGUGUGUUACUAUUCACUUGGCUAUUUUUGAAAACAAAAUAUAGACUGAGGAAGAUAAUCGGUGUCGUGAUCUGCGUGGCUGGCAUCGUCGCGGUUAUCUUUUCGGAUGUUCAUGCCGGUGACCGGGCAGGAGGAAGCAACCCCAUUAAAGGGGAUGCACUGGUUAUUGCUGGUGCCACCCUUUAUGCUGUCAGUAAUGUCAGCGAGGAAUUCCUUGUGAAGAAUGCUGGUAGAGUUGAAUUAAUGGCAAUGCUUGGUCUCUUUGGCUCAAUCAUCAGUGGAAUCCAAAUAAGCAUAAUAGAGCGCAAAGAGUUAAAAUCAAUUAAUUGGACACCUAAGACAGCACUUCCAUUUGUUGGAUUCUCAGUGGCUAUGUUUCUUUUCUACUCAUUAGUUCCUGUAUUGCUUCAGAUCAAUGGAGCAGCGAUGUUGAAUCUGUCCUUGCUUACUUCAGAUAUGUGGGCUGUUGUAAUACGCAUUUUUGCUUAUCAUGAGAAGGUCGAUUGGAUAUACUUUGUGGCAUUUGCUGCUGUUGUUGUUGGGCUUGUUAUUUAUUCAGUGGCUGACAAAGACGAAGAUCGCAACCAUGGCAAUGUUGCCAAUGUAGUUGCAGAUGAGGAAGGAGGUCCAAGAAACCACAAGAUGGACGAAAGAAUCGUCACUGAAGGCAGUAGUAGUAGGCCAGAUGGUAAUGGUGGUGGUGGCAAUGCAAGGAUGGAAGGCAUUGACAAGAAGGGUGAGAUAGCUUUGGUAGAACCAGAAUAACUGAAAUGGAAAGCUUUAAAAGAAAUGUUCCAUUAAAAGCUAUAAUUGGUCAAUUCCAAAGUGUAAUUAGAAAAUGUAGACUAUACUUCUGUUGAUGCAUAAAUGAAAAAAUGUCCAUAUUUUUAUUUGAUACAA